CGCACCGCCCGAUCUCACACACACACACACACACACACACACACACACACACACACACGGUCCAUCCAUCGAUGUCUAGCAUUAGCUGUCCUGUGCUUCGUCUUCACCGUAACACCAGUCCGUAGAAGCUGCCAUGACAGCUCUCACCUCGAGGGAAACAACAGUUGAAGAAACUGCAUUUCGCUGCUGUGUUGGAUCCGACUGAGCGAGGGGACGUUUGGUGGAAACCUUAAGUCAUCGACCGACCGAGGGGAGCGGAGCAACACGUUACACCAAAAUGGCAACCCCCUAUGUGACAGAUGAAUCUGGGAAAUACAUUGCUGCCACUCAGCGACCUGAUGGAACAUGGAGGAAGCCGAGGCGGGUGAAGGAUGGUUACACCCCCCAGGAAGAAGUCCCAGUCUAUGAAAACAAGUUUGUGAAGUUUUUUAAGAGCAAACCCGACCUGCCCCCUGGGAUGAGCCCGUCCGACACCGCUCCGGCAAAGCAGCAACAGCAGCAGAAGAUCCCCGGUUGCGGGGACAGCGAGACAGCUGGUCUCUCAAAGUCUGCCAAACGCAACAUGAAACGCAAAGAGAAGAGAAAACAGCAGCAGCACCAGGACGGGGACGUGGACUCGGUGAGCGACGCUGUCGAGAACAUGUCCAUUUCAGAGAGUGGCGAGUCUUCAAACAAGACAGAAGAAGCGCCGGUCUCCGUCUCGUCUCCCAAUGAUUCCUCAGCAGCAGCAGCUGAAAAGGCCAAGAAGAUCAAAAACCUGAAAAAGAAGCUACGACAAGUUGAGGAAUUGCAGCAGAAAGUGGACUCAGGGGAAAUAAAGGAGCCGACAAAGGAUCAGUUGGAAAAGCUGGGCCGGCUUCAAGCCUUAAAAGAUGAGAUAGAGCAGCUGGAGCGUGACUCUUGAAGCAAUAAAGGAAAGCAGAAGAGUCGGACAGAAUAUACAUACAAACAUACUGAAAGACAGGGAAGGGACCUUUGCAGCUUUGUGAUCAUAGCUUCCAUUAAACAUAUUCUACCUAUUUGAUAUUCAUCCUGAACUCUGGAAGUGAACACAGUCCCAGCGCCUUUCAAGCAGAGAGUGACAGGAUGUAACGCAGCAGGCGUCACAUCUUCAGACCUGACGGGCCUGUUUUCUAGAAUCAGAUCUCCAGAUAACAUUAAGACUCCUGCUCGUACGCUCGUAUCGACCAGGCUGUUCAUUUAUAAAUAUCUUUUAAAGACAUCAUCGUGAAUUGUUUUGUGAGUGUCUGUCCUUUCCAUUUUGUACCUUUCAUAGCAUCAGGUAUUAUUACGGUAUUACUUGCACAUGAAAUAUUUUCUGUUUAAGAGAAUAUAGUUUGUUGACUCGUCUGCUCUGAGAAGUAACACAACAUUUUUGUCAGUAAUUCGAUGGCCUCUUGUAGUAGCACUAAUGUUGAGCCAUUGUCUAAACAGUCAUUACAUCGAUUAAAACGACAUGCUGCGAAAAA